GCUGUAGGAGCACGGCGUUCGAUCGCCUUUGCUUGCGGCUCAGAGUUAGUGGCGUAGUCCUGGCUGAGGCCCCCGUGGCGCCAGCAGCAGAGGAGGCGGGGGCAUUUGCGGCCGGUUGCUAGGGUGGCGACUGGGAACCUACCGUCCCCCGUGGCCGCCCGCAAACGCCGGGGGCUGGUGCGUGCACCGUGUCUCCCGAGGAUGCUCAGGCAGCAUGAUCGGUGCGCGGAGCACCCCCUCACUCUGUCCUGACUGAAGACUCGGGUUAGGGACGUCUGACAGCUGCCUCACUCGCAGUUUCAGACGUUCUAACAUGGGGCUUACGAAGCAGUACCUACGCUAUGUUGCCAGUGCGGUCUUUGGCCUCAUUGGCAGCCAAAAAGGUAAUAUUGUCUUUGUGACCCUUCGUGGUGAAAAAGGACGCUACGUGGCGGUACCGGCCUGUGAACAUGUUUUCGUCUGGGACUUAAGGAAAGGAGAGAAGAUCCUCAUCCUUCAGGGGCUUAAACAAGAAGUCACUUGCUUAUGUCCCUCCCCAGAUGGGCUACACUUAGCUGUUGGUUAUGAGGAUGGGUCUAUCCGAAUCUUCAGUCUCCUAAGUGGAGAAGGAAAUGUGACCUUCAAUGGACACAAAGCAGCCAUCACUUCCUUGAAGUAUGAUCAGCUAGGGGGCAGGCUGGCUUCCGGGUCCAAGGACACAGAUACUAUUGUGUGGGAUGUGAUCAAUGAAAGCGGCCUCUACCGUCUAAAGGGGCACAAGGACGCCAUCACACAGGCACUGUUUCUACGAGAAAAGAAUCUGCUAGUUACUAGUGGGAAAGAUACCAUGGUGAAAUGGUGGGACCUUGAUACCCAGCACUGCUUUAAAACGAUGGUUGGCCACCGAACCGAGGUGUGGGGGUUGGUGCUGGUGUCAGAAGACAAGAGGCUCAUCACUGGGGCUUCCGACAGUGAGCUGAGGGCUUGGGACAUAGCCUAUCUACAGGAGGUGGAAGACUUAGAAGAACCAGAGCCCAAGAAAAGCAAAGGGUCUUCCCCUGGAAUACAGGACACACAUGAGCCUGAGGAUGGCAACCCAGAGACAGAUGAAACUCCUGAGGAUCGCAUCCUUACAUGCAGAAAAGCUGGUUCCAUCAUGCGGGAGGGAAGGGACAGAGUUGUGAACCUUGCGGUCGACAGGACAGGGAGGAUUCUAGCUUGCCACGGAACCGAUUCUGUGCUAGAAGUGUUCUGCAUCCUUUCCAAAGGAGAAAUUCAGAAGAAAAUGGAUAAGAAGAUGAAGAAAGCUAGAAAGAAAGCAAAAUUAAAUUCUUCCAAAGGGGAGGAGGAAGACCUUGAAGUCAAUGUCAAAAUGACACUGCAAGAUGAAAUCCAACGGGUGACUAAUAUCAAAACUUCUGCCAAAAUCAAAUCCUUUGACUUGAUUCAUUCACCUCAAGGAGAGUUGAAGGCAGUCUUCCUGCUGCAGAAUAACUUGGUGGAGUCAUAUUCGCUGCACCUGUCUGCGCCUGCUCCUCAGCCUGUCAGGACGAGCAGAAUCACCAUCGGGGGUCAUCGCAGUGACGUGCGGACCCUUUCUUUCAGCUCCGACAACAUUGCUGUCCUUUCAGCCGCGGCAGAUUCUGUGAAAAUAUGGAACAGGGCCACAUUACAGUGUAUCCGCACGAUGACCUGCGAAUAUGCACUGUGCUCGUUCUUUGUACCUGGUGAUAGGCAGGUGGUCAUAGGAACAAAGACAGGAAAGCUGCAGCUUUAUGACUUGGCCUCAGGAAAUCUGCUGGAGACAAUAGACGCACAUGAUGGAGCUUUAUGGUCCUUGUCUCUCUCUCCAGAUCAGCGUGGCUUUGUGACAGGUGGUGCAGAUAAAUCUGUCAAGUUCUGGGAUUUUGAGUUGGUAAAAGAUGAAAAUAGUACCCAGAAGAGACUUUCUGUGAAGCAAACCCGAACCUUGCAACUAGAUGAAGACGUCCUGUGUGUCAGUUAUUCUCCCAACCAAAAACUGUUGGCUGUGUCUUUGCUGGACUGUACUGUGAAAAUCUUCUAUGUUGACACUUUAAAGUUUUUUCUUUCACUCUAUGGACACAAACUGCCUGUUAUAUGCAUGGACAUUUCUUAUGAUGGAGCACUCAUAGCAACAGGCUCUGCCGACAGGAAUGUGAAAAUCUGGGGUUUGGACUUUGGGGACUGCCACAAGUCUCUCUUUGCACACGAUGACAGUGUGAUGUACCUACAGUUUGUGCCCAAGUCCCACCUCUUCUUCACCGCUGGGAAGGACCAUAAGAUUAAGCAGUGGGAUGCAGACAAAUUUGAACACAUACAGACUCUGGAGGGGCACCACCAGGAAAUCUGGUGCUUGGCCAUAAGCCCCAGUGGAGACUAUGUUGUGUCAUCGUCACAUGACAAAUCCCUGAGACUUUGGGAGAGAACAAGGGAGCCUCUUAUUCUUGAGGAAGAAAGGGAGAUGCAAAGGGAAGCAGAAUAUGAGGAGAGUGUGGCCAAAGAAGACCAACCUGUAGUUCCAGGAGAGACUCAAGGUGACAAUUACUUUACUGGAAAGAAAACUAUUGAAACGGUCAAAGCAGCUGAGAGGAUCAUGGAGGCUGUCGAGCUAUACCGAGAGGAGACUGCAAAAAGGAAGGAACACAAAGCCAUUUGUAAAGCUGCAGGGAAAGAGGUUCCUCUUCCCAUCAACCCCAUCCUCAUGGCUUAUGGCAAUAUCUCUCCUUCAGCUUAUGUGUUGGAGAUUUUUAAAGGAAUCAAGUCGAGUGAACUGGAAGAGUCUCUGCUUGUGCUACCUUUUUCUUAUGUCCCGGACAUCCUUAAGCUCUUUAAUGAAUUCAUCCAGCUGGGCUCUGAUAUUGAACUUCUGUGUAGGUGCCUCUUCUUUCUGCUCAGAAUUCACUUCGGGCAGAUCACUAGUAACCAAAUGCUUGUGCCAGUGAUUGAAAAGUUAAAGGAAACAACUAUUUCAAAAGUCAGCCAAGUCCGGGAUGUUAUUGGCUUCAACAUGGCAGGUCUUGAAUAUCUCAAGAGGGAAUGCGAGGCAAAAAGUGAAGUUAUGUUUUUUGCUGAUGCGACCAGCCAGUUGGAAGAAAAGAAGAGGAAGAGGAAAAAGAGGGAGAAGCUAAUUUUAACAUAUACUUAGAACUCAAAUGUGGUGCCCUUUUCUUUUUAUUUAAAAGGACUUCUAAACUAAGCAGUGGAAUUGGUGUCAACUUGGAAAUAACCAAGUAACAGAGCUUGUUGUGUUACAGAAGAUGUCAGGAUGUGGUUCCCAGCUUUGCCUGAGGAAAUGCCCAGUGUGGGACUGUGGGCUCUAUUUCUGGGCUUACGGCUUGAUAGUUUAAAAUCUCUCUGUGCCCUCGAAGGUUGAACCCUUCAGGAGUUGUUCCCAUUAUAUUCUAGCAGGGAACAACGAACUUUUUUUUAUUAGUUUUUGACUAGAGCUGAAAUGAACAUUUCUAAAGUUUUUCUUAUUUCUGUGAUAACAGAAGAUUUAAUGAUGUGUUACUCUUUGUAUUAUGUCUUACCGCCUACAGAGACUAUCAGGUGCACAAUUGAUUGCCCUCUCCCAUUAAAUGCAGAGUUGUGGACCUACAGAGCUAAAAAGGACCAUAAAAAUUCUCUAAAACAUCCUCCUUUAACUUCACCUCUUAGAGGUGGUUAUAUCUGUAUAUAAAAAUAUCUAAUUGCUAAUUUUUUCUACUUGUCUAGUUGUUUCUAAUUAAAGUGUAGUCAAGCUGAGAUGCCUUGCUGGGCUUCUGGGUGAUUAAUACCAUAGACAUACAUACAUACAUAUGUAUAUGCAUGGUAAGAGUUUGGGGAGGUGGGAAUAUUUUAGAAGAAAUGGACACAUUCCUUUGGGCCUGGCUUCUCUUUGUGGGAAGUUUUUAAGUUGCUACUCCAACUUCGUUGCAGUUCUGUGCAGAUUUCUCUGUCAUCUUUUUGUUGUUGUUGUUGUUUUAAGAUCUAUUUAAAUUCCAGUUAGUUAAUAUACAGUAUAAUAUUAGUCACACAUCCAGCACAUCGAUUCAGCACUUCCAUACAAUAUCUGGUCCUCAUCACAAGUGCCCUCCUUAAUCCCCAUCACCUUCACCGCCCCCCCCACCCCCCUCCCCUCCAGUAACCAUCAGUUUGUUCUCUAUAGUUAAGAGUCUGUUUCUUGGUUUGUCUCUUUUUUCCCCCUUUUGCUCUUUUGUUUUGUUUCUUAAAUUUCACAUAUGAAUAAAAUCAUAUGGUAUUUGUCUUUCCCUAACUGACUUUUGCUUAACGUAAUACUGUCUAAAUCCAUCCAUGUUGUUGCAAAUGGCACGAUUUCAUUCUUUUUUAUGGCUGAGUAAUAUUCCAUUGUGUGUGUAUAUACCAUAUCUUUAUUCAUUCAUCAGUCAAUGGACACUUGGUCUGUUUCCAGAUUUGGCAUGUAUCCCUUUGAAUUAGUAUUUUUGUAUCCUUUGGGUAAAUACCCAGUAGUGCAAUUGCUGGAUCAUAGGGUAGUUCUAUUUUUAAUUUUUUGAAGAAGCUCCAUACUGUUUUCCAGAGUGGCUGCCCCAGUUUGCAUUCCCACCAAUAGUGCAAGAGGGUUCUUCUUUCUCCUCAUUCCUGUCAACACUUCUUGUUUCUUGUGUUGUUAUUUUAGCCACUCUGACAGGUGUGAGGUAAUAUCUCAUUGUGGUUUUGAUUCACAUUUCUCUGAUAGUAAGUGAUGUUGAGCAUCUUUUCAUGUGUUGGCCAUCUGUAUGUCUUUGGAAAACUAUUCAUGUCUUCUGCACAUUUUUAAAUUGGAUUAUUUGUUUUGGGGUGUUGAAUUUGAUAAGUUCUUUAUAUAUUUUGGAUACUAACCCUUUAUCUGAUAAGGCAUUUGCAAAUAUCUUCUCUCAUUCUGUUGGUUGCCCUUUAGUUUUGUCAGCUUUUUCCUUCACUGUGCAGAAGCUUUUUAUUUUGAUGUAGUCCCAGUAGUUUAUUUUUGCUUUUAUUCCCCUUGCCUCAGGAGACAUAUCUAGAAAGAAGUUGCUGUGGCCGAUGUCAAAGAGGUUACUGCCUGUGUUUUCCUCCAGGAUUUUGAUGGUUUCCUGUCUCACAUUUAGGUCUUUAAUCCAUUUUGAAUUGAUUUUUAUGUUUGGUGUAAGAAAGUGGUCCAGUUUCUUUCUUUUGCGUGUUUCUGCCUGGUUUUCCCAACACCACUUGUUAAAGAGACCAUCUUUUGCCAUUGGAUGUUCUUACCUGCUUUGUCAAAGAUUAAUUGACCAUAUAGUUGUGGGUUCAUUUCCGGGUUUUCUCUUCUGUUCUAUUGCUCUAUGUGUCUAUUUUUGUGCCAGUACCAUACCUAGGUAUCUUGUUUUUGGUGCAGUUGUAAAUGGGAUCUAUUCCUUGAUUUCUCUUUCUGCUGCGUCGUUAUUGGUGUAUAGAAAUGCAACAGGUUUCUGACAUUGAUUUUGUAUCCUGCAACUCUACUGAAUUUGUUUAUCAGUCCUAGCAGUUUUUUAUCGGAGUCUUUCAGGUUUUCUGAUAGAGUAUCAUGUCAUCUACAAAUAGUGAAAGUUUUACUUCUUCCUUGUUAAUUUGGAUGACUUUUAUUUCUUUUUGUUGUCUGAUUGCUGUGGCUAGAACUUCAGUACUAUGUUGAAUAAAAGUGGUGAGAGUAGACAUCCCUGUCAUGUUCCUGACCAUAGAGGAAAAGCUCUCAGUUUUUCCCAUUGAGGAUGAUAUUAACUGUGGGUUUUUCAUAUAUGGUCUUUAUUAUGUUGAAAUAUGUUCCCUUGCUUUGUUGAGGGUUUUUAUCAUGAAUUGAUGUACUUUGUCAAAUGCUUUUUCUGAAUCUAUUGAAAGGCUCAUAUGGUUCUUAUCCUUUCUUUUAUUAAUGUGGUGUAUCACGAUUGAUUUGUGAAUAUGUUGAACCACCCUUGCAGCCCAGGAAUAAAUCCUACUUGAUCGUGGUGAAUGAUUCUUUUAAUGUACUGUUGGAUUCAGUUUGCUAGUAUUUUUUUUUUUUUUUUUUGAGAAUUUUUGCAUCCAUGUUCAUCAGGGAUAUUGGCCUAUAGUUCUCUUUUUUAGUGGAGUCUUUAUCUGGUUUUGGUAUCAGGGUAAUGCUGGCCUCAUAGAAUGGAUUUGGAAGUUUUCCUUCCUCUUCCAUUUUUUGGAACAGCUUGAGAAGAAUAGGUAUUAAUUCUUUAAAUGUUUGGUAGAAUUCCCCUGUGAAGCCAUCUGGCCCUGGACUUUUAUCAGUCUGUUCAAGUUUUCUAUUCUUGUUUCAGUUUUGGUAGUUUAUGUUUCUAGAAAUUUAUCCAUUUCUUCCAGGUUGUCCAGUUUGUUGGCAUAUAAUUUUUCAUAAUAUUCUCUUAUAAUUGUUAUUUCUCCUCUCUCAUUUGUGAUUUUGAGUCCUUUCUCUUUUUUUCUUGAUGUGUCUGGCUAGAGGUUUAUCAAUUUUAUUGAUUUUUUUUCAGCGAACCAGCUCCUACUUUUAUCAAUCUAUUUUUUUUUAGUUUCUUUUUUGUUAUUGUUGUUAAGAUUUUAUUUAUUUAUUUGACAGAGCGAGAGACAUGGUGAGAGAGGGGAACACAAGCAGGGGGAGUGGGAGAGGGAGAAGCAGGCUUCCCGCGGAGCAGGGAGCCCGAUGCGGGGCUCGAUCCCAGGACCCUGGGAUCAUGACCUGAGCCGAAGACAGAUGCUUAACAACUGAGCCACCCAGGCGCCCCUGUUUGUUUUGUUUUUUUUAGUUUAUAUAUCACUUAUUUCUGCUCUAAUUUUUAUUAUUUCCCUUAUGCUGGUUAGGCUUCAUUUGUUGUUCUUUUUCCAGCUCCUUUAGGUGUAAGGUUAGGUUGUUUAUUUGAAAUUUUUCUUGCUUCUUGAGGUGGGCCUGUAUUGCUAUGUGCUUCCCUCUUAGGACCACUUUUGCUGCAUCCCAAAGGUUUUGGACUGUUACAGUUUUGUUUUCAUUUGUUUCCAUGUAUUUUUGAUUUCCUGGUUAACCCAUUUAUUGUUUAGUAGCAUGUUUUUUAACCUCCAUGUAUUUGUGGUCUUUCCAGAUUUUUUCCUGUGGUUGACUUCUAGUUUCAUAGUAUUGUGGUCAGAAAAGGUGGAUAUGAUCUCAAUCUUUUUGUUUUUGUUGAAGCCUGUUUUGUGACCUAAUAUGUGAUCUGUUCUGGAGAAGGUUCCAUCUGCACUUGAAACGAAUGUGUAUUCUGCUUUAGGAUGGAAUGUUCUGAAUAUAUCUGUUAAGUCCAUCUGGUGCAGUGCAUCACUCAAAGCCAUUGUUUCCUUGUUGGUUUUCUGUUUAGGUGAUCUGUCCGUUAAUGUAAGUGGGGUAUUAAAGUCGCCUACUAUUAUGUGUUAUUAUCCAUAUAGUUCUUUUAUGUUUGUUAUUAAUUGUUUUAUAUAUUGGGCUUCUCCCAAUUUGGGGGCAUAAAUAUUUACAAUUGUUA